CUUUAUGGAUACUGAAAUUUCAAUUCUUUCUAUGUUCUCCUUGGACCACAAGAGCAUUCCAGAGAGCUCCAGAAACGCUGGGGAUAUUGGAAUAUUCUAACUUGAGAAAGAGUUUUCCGCCAAAACGGUUGUUGGAGAUGUACCAAAGAAAGAUAAUUAUUAAUGCAAUGUGUCUUUUUACGUCUCUCGAGCUUAAGCUCUCCGAAUGUGAUUUUUGAACCUCAACUCUACCCGAUGGAUACCGAGUUCUUGUGCUCUGCCGGGAGUAUCAAUCCUGCAAGGACGACACGUUGACAGUCCUAGGCCAGUGCACCUCGAUGUCGGUAGUCAAAAUAGUAUUGCCCUCUCUGGCCAGUGUGUUAACCGCGUGUGCAUGUCUAAGGCUGACGCAGUCAUGAGUUCCUAGAAUUAGUUGCCACAAACUUAACACUUUAAAGGUUUAAGUUCGAAGUAUAUUGUUAAUCUUCCGUACGUUUAGAUUUGAACUCUAUUGUAAAUAUUCCGAGUUCUCGACUUUAAUCAGGGCUUAUGUUGAUUCGUUCAAAUCUUGUUGCUUCCCCCACGUACAAAACAGUGCUCUACGUACCAAUAGACACUUGCUUCAUAUCUCGACUAUUUUUCACGUCUUUUCUUUCACAAGCCAUUUAAAAUUUGGAUAGGCGCCGAAAUCGCUUCUGCCCCUUUAGCCAAGCCGCGUCGAAAAUCACUGGCUUUUUCAUAUUAUUUCUCUUGAGGUUUCGCUCUCAAACACUCGAGUCAUGGUAUGAAAAAUACAACAUCGCGGUAUUGAACAAGUUACAACAGCAUCGGGUCGGGUCGCACUGAUUGGAAUUCUGAAAUCACUUAAUAGCACCAGCUCAGAGAUUAGGACAGUAGUCUUUAUAGUCUCGGCCACCAUUACAGAAAAAAUCACAAUGGAGAAAAUGGCCGUGCCUGGUUUUCUGAAGCUCCGGCGGACAUCCAGAAAUGCACUGCGCAUUGGGCGCCUUCCUCUGUGGCUUGAUCUAAUUUGCGGACGAUCAACAACUAGCAAGUGGGGUGUUGACGCACGUCUUCUUCUGCAUGUCAGGGGUUCAUAAUUUGAAGGCCUGAGUUUGACGGGUCGCCUGCUUGUAUGGAGAAUACCACCUACCAGCUCGGUGGAAUUUCCAUGACUGGCCCUACGACCGCGACGUGGAAGUCAAAGGCCAAUCCUGAUAUCUAUUCAUCUAUUGAUAAAUGUCAUUGAUGUUCUAUCCACAAUGCUUAUGUCCGAAAAUCCCCAUUCAAAACUCUCAACAAAGGAGGGAUGUAUGUGAUAGAUUUUGGACCCCAUCCAGCCGCCUCAUUGACUCGCGGGCAAGUAAGUCGCAUCAUGUCUUUUCAUAUAACAGGACUCAAGUCCUCAAGACCUGUUGUGAUGCUGCCUUUCUCUUUUUCGCGGUUCCGUUAUACCAGUGUAACUUUCUUUCAUCAUGUAUAUCGACAUCACAGCCACAUUGGACUGGACCGUUCCUAAUUACGUUAACCCUGAAAGAUAUGGACCCUCCAUAUUCAUUGUUCAUGGAGUACUUUACCCGAUUGUUUUGACGAUGCUGGCAAUUCGCAUUUAUACUCGCAUGUACAUAUCAAAGUGUUUCGGUUUGGAUGAUUGUUUGGCUCUCUUUAGCAUGAUACCCAUCACUGGUUUUGCUGUCAUGAGCAUUUUUGUUGAAACAUAUGUUGGAUGGGAUGUCCACGCUUGGGAUGUUCCCUACGAUUUGCUUGCCCUUGGUCUCAAAUGCAUCUAUACAACGCAAAUUCUGUUUACACUGGCGCUCACUCCUAUAAGAAUUUCUAUGCUGUGGCUUAUUGCUCGGUUAUUCGAAAAUGGGGCUCCUAAACUCCGACGCGUUGCACAAGGGGUUAUGAUAUAUAUUCUCUUGCACGGCUCGAUCUUCGCUAUUACUUUGACAUUCCAGUGCAGGCCAGUCUCUGAUUACUGGGCAGUUUCCUUCAAACCCCAGCCAAAUUGUAUCAACCAAGAAGUCCAUCUCCUCUUCACGGCCAUCUGUAAUGGAAUUAGCGAUUAUGUAGUUGUGAUUUUACCAAUGCAUACAGUAUGGAAAUUGCAACUGCCCUUCAAGCAAAGAAUAUCUCUCUGCAUGCUUUUCGCAAUUGGAUUUAUCGCCUCUACCGCGAGCAUCAUUCGAACGGUUUACGUGUGGUACGCUACAUCGAACUAUGAUAAAACCUGGACCACAUAUCCCGUAUUCAUAUGGAGUUCAGUCGAACUUUAUCUCGGCCUCUUUUGCGCGUGCAUGCCACCAAGUGUAGGUUUCUGGAAACUCUACUACCCCAAGCUCGUCGGUACUUUCAACCGAUCCGAACAAAACACAUCCAAAUCGAGUAAAUUCUGGAGCUCAAAAUCCGGAUCCAAACAAGAUCGAAACAAUUCUCACGAACUCGCCGAUACGGACGAUGAGGAACGAGGUAUCAUUGUUGAGCAGGGCGUCACAAUCGAGACUUACAAUCACACGAAGGACGAAUCUAUGGGAAUCCAAGGAUCGUGUACGGUGAUAGAUCAAUCGCCUCAGUUGCCCAAUUUCUCUUUCAAUAAUAAUCAUCAACGAUAUCUAUAGUUAUAUUAAUGUAAUAUCAAAGUCAUAU